ACUUGAAAACCUUGCUUUCAGUGUUUGUUUAUUUUCCGAUGUAAGAACGCCAAUUCAAAAUGGGGUCAAAUCUGUGUCGGCCAGGCGCUUGUUUUUUCUACAGCAGACGAAACAGGUCAAUAGCGACAGCUGUCAUUUUGCGUUUUCUGAGUUAAGAUCACCGCACUCUAUGAUAAAAUGUCUGCUGUUAAAAGAGGCCAACAGAUCCAUAGACCCGAACAGUUUUUAGCUGCAAAGAGCCUCGUAGACCGUGACGGCUACUCUAUUCGAAAGGCUGCAUAUGAAACCGAAAUACCAUACCAAACACUGAGGGAUCAUCUGAAUGGCAGAUAUGCUAAUAAAGUGACAACAUUUGGUCCAAGGCGGCUGUUAACCGCAGAACAUGAGUCAUCCCUCAGUAACUAUUGUAAAUACAUGUCGUCGAGGGGUGUGCCACUGUCCAGAUUAGUAGUAAAACAUUUAGCUCGUGACAUCAUUCACCAGCAAGGUGGUGGCGAUGUUGUUCCAUCUGACAAAUGGCUUCGGUGUUAUCUAAAACGUCACCCAGAGUUAUCUCUUAGAACUGCGCAUCCUUUGCAACAAGACAGGGUAGCAGUCACACAGGAUACAGUGGAUCAUUACUUUGAUCUUCUUGAGGAGACCUUGACUAAACUGAACAUUAUUCACGAGCCUGCUCGCAUAUUUAACUGCGACGAGUCUGGGUUUUCAGGCAGGCUUAAUCCUUCUAAGAAGGUCAUUGUGUCAAAAGGAACACGUUGCGCCUAUCAAUCAGUUGUUAAUAUGAGUGGCCAUAUUACCAUUCUUAAUGCUAUAUCAGCUAUAGGUCAAACUCUGCCACCUAUGUUGAUUUAUAGCCAGUGUCUUCCACGCAGUUACACGGAUGGUGUGCCAGAUAGCUGGGUCUUUAAAUCAACAGAGAAAGGCUAUAUUACAACAGAGCUAUUUGUAGAGUGGUUUACAAAGUGUUUUAUUCCAUAUGUUGGUGAGAAAAGGCCAGUUCUUUUGAUACUUGAUAACCACAUAACCCAUCUAUCCAAAUCCUUCCUGGAUGCAGCUAAAAAACAUAAAAUAGAGCUACUCUACUUACCUGCACACUCCUCUCAUAUAUUACAGCCCCAGGAUGUUGGUUAUUUUCAUGUCCUCAAACAAAAAGUUGCAGAACUUGCAAUUCAGGUAGGUUAUUUGGGAAUGAAAACACUUCCCAGGUCACUGUUUCCCAAAUUACUUGUUCAGGCGUUGAACCAAAUAACCGGUGCUACAGUUGCCACUGCAUUUAAAUGUUCUGGUAUUUACCCGCUGAACAAAAAUUCUGUUUCAGCCCUUUUGCCUAGCAGUACUGAGUGUGAUGCAAAAAAACACGGAUCUGCUUCUGAAAAUCAUGAGGUAGACCUGUGUGACCAUUGUGGCUCCUCUAAAGAAAACCCACUGGUAAAAAUGGGUUUAGUUGCCCCAGAACUUGCAAAUAUUCUCCUAAAACCACCUUCUACGGUACCAGUAAAGAAAUCUAAAGGUAAAAGGUCAUUCACACAUGCUAGGUCUGUUUUGUCGGAACCUGAAAAGAAAACCACCAAACACGCACCUGUUGUACAAAAGGUCACUGUUCAAUCCACCAGUGCAAAUGAUGCCGAUGAUACGGCAUUGUGUAUUGUCUGUAUGAUUGGUUCGAGGGAGGGGUAUUAUUGGAUUGGCUGCGACACAUGUGAUAAAUGGUAUCAUUAUGAGUGUUUACCAAACUAUGUACAGGUAGAUGUAGAUCUAAGUCUUGUUACAGGAGGGGUUUGGUGUUGUCGCUAUUGUCAGGAAGAAUAAUGAAAUAUAAGGUAUCACCAAUUCACAUUGACUGCAGUUAUGGACAUAAUAAAACAAACAGUUAAUAGAGACAUGUAGCUGAAGUGUUUAACUGUGAAAUUUUCCUUGUUAAAUGUUA